AUGACUUCGAGCCAUGCCCAUCCUACCACCCACCACAGUUCCAACACAAGCUCCAGCGCUGCACCUGUUGCUAAGUCGGCCGAUCCAUCCAAGCAAGGCUGUCACUGGCUUGUUCCUGGCGUAGGUUACUUCACGCAUAGGUCAAAAUUCACGUUUGACGGCACCACUCUUCCGGCAGGUCUCAAGGCCAAUGUACACACAGUCGGCGGUAACGCACCAUUCAAUCGUUGCUUCACGACCUCGAAUGUGUACAUCGACAAUGGCUUUUUGAUUCUUCGGGUCCCGGGUGGACAAACAGAAUCCCCUAUCGAAUGUGGAGAAGUCCAAACCACCUUUACCGACAUUCUUCAUGCUAGCGUCCGUACCCGAGCAAUCUUCAGCGAAGUGCCAGGAACCUGUACCGGGAUGUUUUUGUACAAAAACGAUAACCAAGAGACUGACAUCGAGUAUCUCUCUGAUCCAAAAUCUCUCUCCAAUAAUGGCGUUGGUGCUCCAAUACCGUUGCACUACACCAAUCAAGCCAGCAUGGCUGGAAAAGAUGCUACCUAUUCGACCGGUCCUGGCUAUGAUGAUAUUACCACCACCAUCCACGAGUACAGGCUAGAUUGGGUCCCCGGGCGCACUUCGUUCUAUCUUGAUGGCGUUUUGCAGAAAUCAUUCACAACCAAUGUGCCUACCCAAGCUGGCCCUUGGCUAUGGAACCAUUGGACGAAUGGGGAUGAAGGAUGGUCAGUUGGUCCUCCCGCAGUUGACAGCUUGUUCAGAAUCCGGGACAUUGUCAUGUACUAUAACCGGACUAGUAUAGAGGGGACUGUGGGCCCUAAUGGGAUGGGGUGA